GGCAGCAUUUGUGCGUCUGACGUCAUCAGUGAAGCUUCAUUUGACGCUCUUCAGUGUUCUCUCAGAUGCUGUGCAUGAAGUGGGGGAGAGGAUUCUGCUUUUUCUUCGGAGAUGGAGUCUCAAAAUUCAAACCUAAUGUGUGCCAUAUGCCUGGACCGUUUCCGAAUCCCAGUAACCAUCCCCUGUGGUCACACCUUCUGUCAAACAUGCAUCACAAUUCACUGGGACACCAAGAGCAAGUCUGACAUUGGACCCCAGUGCCCCAUGUGCAAUGAAAAGUUUGCCUCCAGGCCCAUCCUCAAGCGUAAUGUGUCUCUGUCAGUCCUGACUGAGGCUGCGAACAGCACAGGGCCCUCCAGUAGAGAGUCACCGAUGAGGGGGAGUGAAGGGGCCAGAGCCAUGCUGCUUUGUGAUCGCCAUAAAAAGCCUCUGGUGUAUUACUGCAGGCAGGACAGGAUGUCUGUGUGCUGCGAGUGUGGCAUCUCUGAGUGUCUGAACCAUGAGAAGGUCUUGUUGGAGGUGGAAAGGGAAUAUCAAGAGAUGCUGCUAGAAAGAAAGCAUAAGGAGCUGGGGAAACUCAUGGAGGAAACGGAAAAGAAUAUUAAGGACCUGGCUGAUAAUAUCGAUCAAGCCAAGGAAACUCUUCAGCAGACUUCCACCUGGGUCAAUGUCAAGUUCUCCACCCUGAUAAAAAUCCUGGCUGAGAAGCAGGAGGCCACCGAGCUCUUCAUUGAGGAGCACAAAGAGUCUGCCAUCGCAGAGGCGGAGGUACGGCUUGCCGAACUUGAGGGACGCUCCCAGAUCCUCCGAGAUUGUCAGGGACAAAUAGCAGCUGUUCAAAGCCUCGCUGACAUAGAGCUUAUUAAGGAGUCACUGCUCAUAGAAGUUCCCCGUUUUGAGGAUAUUCCCACGAAUGUGACGCCAAACCUUCCCGAGCGAUUGAACGGUGUCACAGACGUCCUGACGCGAGUCUCCAAGCUGGUGUCUGAGGACCUGGAGAAAGCUGUGAGCACAGCUGUAGGUCAGGACAAAGAGGGUUCUCCUCAGGACAAGAGGCCGGUCCUUGCUGUGGUUCCGAGUCCAGCUGCUCCGUGCCACCCUGGUGGGAAGGAGGGCCUCAAUGCUUAUCGAUGUGCAUUGACCUUCGACCCUCGCACAGCCAACGGACACCUGUGUCUGUCCAUGGAGAACCGGAGGGCAGAGCACCUGACCUCCGGGCCACGCCCUGUCCCGGGUAAUGCAGCCCGCUUUGACCACACCUGGCAGGUGCUCUGCUUUCAGGGCUUCACCCGGGGACAGCACUACUGGGAGCUGGAGGUGUCUAAGCCAUGGGCCUACCUUGGGGUAACCUAUGAGACCAUCCCGCGAAAGGAGAAGGGCAAGAGGUGCAUGGUGGGUAUGAACGAACUGUCUUGGAGUCUGCAGCUGGACGAGCAUCAGCUCAGCGCCUGGCACAACGGCCGGAGGGAGACUCUGGUCAGCCACUCCCAGCACAGCCGCAUCGGCAUGCUGCUGGACUAUGAAGCCGGGACGCUCACGUACUACGGAGACGGGCAGACCAGGCUGCACGCCUUCCACUGUGCCUUCACCCAGGAGCUGUUCCCAGCCUGCUGGAUAGGAGAGGGUGUCAGCAUAACCCUCUGCUCCACAUGAGCUAACUCAGAAAGAAAAGGGAAGGAAGGAGAAAUAAGAAGCACUAUGAAACACGGGCACUAGUUGACUCAAUGUUGAAAAAUAUCCCUUUAACAUCAAGGACAUUUUUUAAUCUUCUAUUUCUUUACAAUGACUGCCUGAAUGAAGAAGUGACUGUGAAGGGCUUUCUCCCCCCGACGGACUAUCUUCACCUUACUCCAUGUAAUAUCAUAGCUAAAGAAAUGGUAACAAGCUCUUUGUCUGUAAGGCAAGAACUGAGAUUCUACAGAGAUGCAGUCUAAACAUUUUAUUGCCACCUAUUUUCAUAACUGCCUAUUGUGAGAGCUUCUUAAAAGAAGUAUUUGUAGCUUUCCCAUGUCUUACAUGAGAGGAUAUGAAGAGCCGUUGACUGUUGAACAAAGAAAUACAUUUUGAAAAACUUCCCUAGCUCUAGGAAAAUUGCUAAAAGCAACUGUUUGCUUCUUUUAACCCUUUUUAAGAUUCAACAAUUAGAACACUUCAGAGGAAAACACUACUUUGUUUUGUUUUGUUCUCAAAGUUGACAUGACGCACAUUAGAUUUUAGAUGAUCAAGUCUGCAUUCAGUUAGAGAUUGAACAAUCUCUUCACCUCAGUGUGUCAGAUUAUUCUGCUUUUACUUUCACUCCUCUUUGAACAACUGGGACACUUCGUGUUCCUGCAAGACGGUGAGCAGAUAUUUCAGGGUGGCUUACAGGCGUAUGACUAAUUAUGACAUGGCAGGGUUUCAUUUAAAAGUAUGCUUUUAAAAAGGAGUUCAUGAGCAGUUCAGAGGUAUCAGUUUGCACUGUGUUAAAAAAAACAAAAGCACUAUUUCUACCCUGGCAGCUUCUGCAUUACAUUCCUGAAUUGUUCCAGACACAGAGCACUGUGUGUGGCUCAGGUUCUUUGAGAGGUGAAGGUACGUCCUGCAGACUUGUGUUGCACAAACGUCAGAUUUCCCCUGUUACUGGUAACUGUAACUGGUUAGCUGAGCAUAAAUACUGGUUAUAUUAGUCCGGUACCACCAGUGCUAACAAAUAUCACUAAUUCACAUGUUCAGCAUCUUGUUGCCUGGCAACUAGUAGCAAUCAGUGGAGAAUUCAAAAAGUAACCCCAGCCAGAAAUAUUCUGACACAUAAUCUUGUAAAAAAAAAAAACUGACAUUUUUACACUUUGGGCUUUUUUCCCUUCUUACAUCAACAUUUGUUGCCUUUGGACAGAAACACGCCUGUUACUUCCCUUUCCCCAGUCUUUGAGCGCUAACAAUUGAGCUAACCAUCUUGCUUAAGCUUCACUGAAACAGUAGAAAUACAGAGUCACAUCCAACUUCUUUAUCAUGGCAAGCGUGCCAUAAGGCUUAGUUCCUCCUGGAAUCAAACGUGUUGACCACUUCUGUUUUUUUUUUUAAUCUAGUCCCAUUUCUCUAACAUGGAGGUGGAAAUAGAUCCAAACUCUACCUGGGCCACACAGUUUAUGCUCUUGUGUAAGUCCGUGCAGCAUUAAAGUGUAAGAGUGUUGGGACAUUUUUCACAGAUAUUUGAAAAGUUGUACGUGAGGAAUCGCUCGUCUCAGAGGUCAGGAAAUCUGGCACUCUUCCUGGGUUAUACUUGGCUUGUUGUUUUUUUUGCUCUUCAUUUAUUUUAUCUAAUCUCUGGGAUUCGAGCCACAUAAAAAUGGGAGUCAGUUAAUCAUUUAUUUUUUUUAUGUGUAUAGACAUUAAGUUUCUGCAGGGUACGUUGAACAUGAUCAUUUUAUUUGACAUUUUGCUGUUACAAAUAUAACACCCUCCCCCCCCCCCUCUGUUGAACCAUGAACAAUGUAGGUGAAACUAAAUCUCUGCGGGCUGUUCAUUACUACUGACAAAACAGAAGUGAAAAUGUCACAUCAUAUUGGGAUGUUUGUGUGGAUGCACGAAGACCCCGCCUGUACAAUCUAGAAGCUGUGAUGCUGACAGUGUUGUGAUUGAAUCUGCUGUACAGUACAAAUGUUUUAACCUUUUUUUUUUAAAGAUUUAUUUUUGGGCUUUUUUUAUGCCUUUUUUUAGAGACAGAAUCCGGGGAGGGAGAGAGAGAGAGUGGGCAAUGGCAUGCUGGAAAGGAGCCACAGGUUGGAUUUGUACCCCGGGCCGGCCGCUGUCGAGGACUCAAGCCUCUUUACAUGAGGCGCGUGCACUACCCGCUACACUACUGGCCCCCCCCUUUUUUUUUGAAUCACAAGCACUUAAGCAUGGCCAUGUCCCUCAGAGCACUGAGGUGCAUCAUCGGUCUUUGGGGAAACUGCUGUGGAUUUGCACAAGUUAUUCGGAAGCACAGAAAAGAACUACUGACUCUGAGAAGGGGAAAAAGCACAUUCCCAGUCUGCUUGAGCCUAAAGACAUAAAACAUAAGCCCUCCUGCCGACUCUGGAAUAGGUUUAUGUAAAGUAUGCUGUUGCACUGUUCUGUGUUCAAAGUGGGAAUCCAUUAAUGUUGGGGGGGGAACACAGACUGAGUGUAAGAAGUGGACGUAGCAUGGUGACGUCAACCAUUGGUUUGUAAACUGUUGUUUGAAGUGUCAGAAAACGGCUCCAUCAUUGAAGAUUCAAUAGCAGUGACCUGUCUGUAACAGGUUGCAUACUCUGCUUUACCAUCUAAUUUCACUCUAAAUCUAACCAUUCUUUCAAGACAAAGCAACGUCCACUUCUUAUAAACAGUCCACUGUGUAGAAAUAAAGACAGCCAUUCUUGUUCACAUGAAUCAAGAUCAAUUUAAUAAAAUCCAAUCCAAUGCGUACAAGCAUUAGUAGAGAUCAUGCUUUGGUUUACAUAGUUGAGCCAUUUUACAUGAAUUGUUCAAUAAAUUAGUUUGAAAUAAAUAGAGAGCCUUAUUAUUAUUA